AUGCAGAAGGCAAAAAAGAUUGAAUAUGGCGAAGAAAUAAAUUAUUAUGAUGGUUGGGGUGAUGAUGUAGCUGAACGUCUUCAAUCCUUGUUGGAAUAUGAGUAUCAAAAAAUACUAAUAUUAGAAAUAGAUUCUAUACAAUUCCAACUAACCGAUAGUUGGGAUGUCAAAUCUGUGGAAGCUGCAAAUGUAUUGAUUCAUGCAGAUGUAAAGCUACAACAAAUUCUAGCUAUACUUGCGAUAAAAACAGUUCUUAUAUUUCUUCGUAUGGGUAAUAGACUUUUAGCAUUGAAUAAAUCAGAUAUUCAAUUCAAUCCAAUAGAACCUGUAAAAUUAGAACCACAAUUAUUUAUUUUAAGUGAUGAAAUGCCACCAUUAAAGUGGGCUGGUGUUCAACAGCAAAAAUUUCGGGUUUGGUAG